AAGGAAUAAUAAUUGAUUCUGAGCUGGCUCUUCAAGAAACAGAUGAGGAAUCAGUACCAGCAUUUGCGCGCCUCUUUGACGAGGAUACUUGGAAGAAAUGGAAACUAAAAUCUGGUGCGGUUGUGGCUGAUCUUUUGGCUAAAUCUGCUCAUAAAAAAGGACAUCCUCUCAGAUCCGAAGUCUGGAGGAUCGUUCGGUGUGGUUUUAAAAUUGCGAAACCGGGAUGGUGUAGCAGUGAAAAUUAUUCGGAGAUUCAAAAGUAUACAAGACGUGCAACUAUUUCUAAUCGUCUAGAAAUCAUAUCUAAGUUUCUAAGACUAGUAUGUCUUCCUUUUUAUGCUAGACAAGGCAUAGAGGAAGUUCGGCUUUUGAAUAAUAUUAAUGAAAUAAUCAAAGAAGAAGAUAUUAGAAAGCUUCUCUUGGAGGAGCUCAAAAUAACCUGCGUGAUUCACCAGGAUGUCUUCGGUGAUGCAAUCAGACGUAUCGGAAUCGGACUACGGAGGUUAUGUUAUUCAUCCUUCCCUGAAAAGUGUGCUUUUCGGUUUGGAAAAAAGCUUGCAUUAUCAUAUUUAAAUCAUGCUGUGAGGGACUCAUUUGAACAAAAAGCAGAUGGAGUCUUUUUCGUACGGUUAAAGAAAUCUACUGUCGAGGUUGGACAUUUAGAAAUGAGCGGUGGGUACGGACAUAAAGAUCUCCCUAGAUCAACAUGGGAUGGUUGCUGCAAGUUGUCAAUCGGAAAUGCUUAUAUGCUGGAAGAGAUCGGAGAGCGAUUUCGAGGAGUUUCGUGUGAACAUUCUCAAGAAUAA